CGUCGGACCCGCUCGCUCCGUCGUGACGUCACUAGUGUGGUGAGGACCAUGGGUCUAGGUCUAGGGUAGGACGUCAUCGCACCUUCCGACCAUGUCCGCCAAGAGGAAACUGGGCGCCAUGCCGAUCAAAGUUUCCGCUGAAGAAAUAAGGUCGACCCCUGAGCCGGAUGUUGUGGACGACCAUUAUCAAGGGAGGAACGGAGAGCUCAGGCUAGGAGAGGGAAGUCCCUCGGAUGACGUUGGUAUUUGGCCUUACCACAGUUCACUUGGGGGCAAGAAACCAACCCCUCCCACCCCCAGAGACAUUCCGAGUCCUGCGACGCUGCAAGAGACAGGGUCAGUUCAUGACGAGACUUCCUCUAGUGGCAAUAAGGAAGAUGAUGACGACGAAGAGGAGGAAAUUGAUGAUCUCAAAACCAUGCCUCACGAUCCUGAGAGGCUAAAGGCAUUUAAUAUGUUCGUACGACUCUUUGUUGAUGAAAACCUAGACAGAAUUGUGCCGAUCUCAAAGCAGCCCAAAGAGAAAAUCCAAGCGAUCAUAGACUCGUGUACAAGGCAGUUCCCAGAGUUCGCCGAGAGAGCUCGCAAAAGGAUAAGAACUUAUCUCAAGUCCUGCCGAAGGAAUAAGCGGACACGGGACUCCAACUGGCCUGAAUCGAAUCGUCCGACGCCUGCGCACCUGACCUCAGUACAGGCGGAGCAAAUAUUGGCCCAAGCUUGUGAGAAUGAGAGCCACAACGCUAAGAGGAUGAGGUUGGGACUGGAGCCAGUCAGUCAACCCCCACCAGUCAUCCCGGGGAGUGAAACGCCUCCAAGUCGGCCUGCUCACGAGUCGUUCUCCGCAGCAAACCUUGCAUCCAGUGCUGCGAACCAAUCAGAGAGCAAGCUGUCACAUCAACAUCAACAUCCGAUACACCUCAACAACAACAAACCCGACAGUCCGAACCUGGCCAAAGUGUCGGAACCUACGCCUGCGCCAGCUAUCAGUUCUAUCUCAAGCAGUCCGCUGAAUGGUGCUGCCACGUCAACUGCCCCCAGCGCUCUCUUUAGACCAAACUUUGGACCAGCAUUUCAACGAGGAGCGGGACCUCAGCACUUCCCCGGCACUCCACUGUUCCCCACCCCUCCCUUUGGUGCACCCGGAAUGAUGCACAACGGGCCUACAGACCUGAGCAUGAAACCCUCCAAGCCGUUGCUGAGUCACAAGCUGAGUCCGCAGGAGAUGGCUGCGGUCAGACAACUCAUCACGGGCUACAGAGAGUCCGCAGCGUUCCUGCUGCGGUCCGCAGAAGAGUUGGAGCAAUUGCUGCUGCAGCAACCGUAACAUUCGGUUUUCCCCUUCCUCUACUAAGCUGCGGAGAGCUGGUUGAGGCUGGGGUACAAGAGACUCUUACGGCGGGUGCUGACUAGUGGUGUUUCUGAAGCUGUAUCUUACAGUGGCUUCAAAUGGCUAAAAUAUUGAAAGUGUUGGGAAAACCAACAACUAACUAGGGGGUUUUGUGCCCCCUUUAAUUGGAAUUCAGGGAUUUAUGGUACUGAAAACUACACGGCUGUCUUUUGACAUGGGGUUUAAAUUUAAAUUGGUUAAAUAGUUAGUUAAUCUUUGACUGGAACAGGGCUUUAAUUUCUUCAUUACUUUUAUUUAUUACCGCAAUCCUCCACCUCUAGGCGUCAUAAGUUUUUUUUUAUUUUCUGUUUUACAAUAUC